CCGUCACCCCCAGUUCUCUUCCUAGGGCCAGCAAUGUUGCUAUUUUCUAAUGUUUCCUUCCAGAGAUAUUUUACACAAAGAAAUAAGCACAUAGAUUUUUUUCUCCCCAUCCUUUUGCUUUUUCAAAAGGAGAUCCUCCUAUGUGGGUACAUUAGGAGCAUCCUCAUUUUUUUUCUGUCUGUACUUUAUGAGGUACCAAAAUGUACUUAACCAGUUUCCUAUUAAUGAACAUUUAGGUCGUUUUUAGUCUUUUACAGUGUUGAAUGAAGAGACUUGCAAAUAAGUGCAUGGUCCUUUAAGGUCCCCACUGGUCGUUAAAUGCAUCCCUCAGGAUUUCUUAAGUGGAAUCUGAGAACUCCUUGGAGGUCUGCAGACAGAUUCAGGGAGACAAAUUCAAGGAGCCUGGAACCUUGGAAGGGAGAAAACUUCCAUCUUUAUUUUCCCCAACCUCUAAUUGAAAUUUAGCAUUUCACAUGAAUGCAGACAACAAACUUAUAGCAGCGUUAGCAGUAUCUGUGACUGUCUCAUAUGAUUGAAGAUGUCUUGAAAUAUCAUUUACAUUCAUCCCUACUUUGGCAUUAAGGUAGGUAGUUAUUUUCAAUAUGUUGUACAUUAAUAAAGAAGCACAUACACUAUAUCACAAAUUUCGUUUAAAUAUUUUAUACCGGCAUUUCAAUAUAAUUGCUUUUCUUUGUAAUUUUACGUAUUUAUUUUAUGCAUAAAAAUAUUAUUCUGAGAUAAGAAACAUACCAGACUCCCAAAGGAAAAGGUUGAGUCCCAGCUACACAUACUUUUUUGCAUGUCCGGCCACUAGAUGGGGAACUUCGUGGCAAGGACUGCCCCGUUCCUCUUUGCCCCCUCCCUAACUUUCCCAGAGAUGAGCAGUAAAUGCUUUCAGCGCCUAGUGGACACCUUUUGCAUGCCUGGCACUGGAGGAGAUGCUAAUGAUACAAAGAUGCGAAUACACCUCAAAGGAUCUCAGCCUAGAGCGGCUGGACUCUAUUACCUGGCAGAACUGAUUGAAGAAUACACAGUGGCCACCAGCAGAAUCAUAAAAUACAUGAUCUGGUUCUCCACGGCUGUGCUGAUUGGCCUCUUCGUCUUUGAGCACUUCCCCACCUACAUGAUUGGCGUGGGCCUCUUCACCAACCUCGUCUACUUUGGCCUUCUCCAGACCUUCCCCUUCAUCAUGCUGACCUCGCCUAACUUCAUCCUGUCAUGUGGGUUAGUGGUGGUGAAUCAUUACCUCGCGUUUCAGUUUUUUGCGGAGGAAUAUUAUCCUUUCUCAGAGGUCCUGGCCUACUUCACUCUCUGUCUGUGGAUAAUCCCAUUUGCAUUCUUCGUGUCACUGUCGGCUGGGGAGAACAUCCUGCCCUCCACCAUGCAGCCAGGAGAUGACGUGGUCUCCAAUUACUUCACCAAAGGCAAGCGGGGCAAACGCUUAGGGAUCCUGGUUGUCUUCUCCUUCAUCAAAGAGGCCAUUCUACCCAGUCGUCAGAAGAUAUACUGACCCCCUUGGGGAGGGGAUGUGGGGGCAGGAUCAGGAGGGUGUCAGACCUCUGGGCCUCUGCACUAGGUUGGAGCCGUGAGCCUGGAAGGCACCUCCCCCCAGCCCUGGCCCUCCUCCCCUUGACUCUCCCUGAAGCUCUCAUCCCCACCCUCCUUGAGGAGCUCAGCCCAGCCCUGACACUGCUACAGGCUGUGACCUCAGAGGGCACAGGGAGGGUAGUAGAGCCUGCUUAGCCAGGAGGCCGUGGUCCACCUGGUUGUGUGAGAGCAGAGUGCCCCGUGGCCCUCCCCUCACCCUUCCAUGGUGGGUCAGGAGGGUUCUGGCUCUGCUGGAGCAGGCAGGGCAGGGUUCCUGAAGCUGGAGAGCAGACAGUGACAAGUUCUCUGGGCAGAUGGCCGUGGGGAGAGGCCAUGGCUUGGCACUUCCAAAAGAAAUACUUUUUGCUGUUGAACUGUGAUUUCUGUCCAAGUGCUGAAUCCCGUUUUGAAUAAAGAUUCUAGGUGGCACUGUUUGCCUUAACAUCCAGAAAGUUCAUCUACCUUUCUUCUUGCUGACCUUCUGCGCUGGACUGAACUGGCUUUUCUGCUCCAGGGACCCCUUCUUCAGUUUUGGGUCCCUUCCUAAGGGACUGUUCUUAUAGCCCUUGGUGGGAAGGUGGCAGGGAUGAAGAGCAGAGCCUGGUCAGGGGUGGGGAGUGCAGGCAGCUUUUCUUAGGCCCUUCCCUUUGCUUCCAUCUCUCCUUUCUCCGAGGCUCCAUGUGGAGCCCUGGUGGCACAGUGUUUAAGAGCCUGCCUGCUAACCAAGAGGUUGGCAGUUCACAUCCACCAGCUGCACCUUGGAGACCCUAUGGGGCAGUUCUGCUCUGUCCUAUAGGGUUGCUAUGAGUCGGAAUCAACUCGACAGCAACGGUUAAGGCUCCAUGGCUGUCAAGCUGGGAGUAGGAGAGGGGACAGUUUAGGACUGGGUUAGAUUUUCAGAACAUCUGCAAUAUCCUAUUUAUAAGUUUUCCUCUGAGGAAAAUGAGUGGUUUCUGGCUGAAUUCUAUCUCAGGCUCAAGGAGAAACUGAAGAUAAAAAUUGGCUUCCAGGCAGCCUAGGCUAUGGCCCGUUUUUGAAGAAAUGGGGCUGGUGGGGAGGUGAUUUGUCACUCUAAGGGCACACAAGGGCUGGCCCUCUCUUCUGUGUGCGCUUGGCUCCUGGGGAGAUGAUCUCAGCUUUCUAACAAGACGGGCCAGGCCCCAGGCACAGACCAGCAUUUGUUGACCUUGCACUCUAAGUACAGUGCCUUGCGAGUACUCAAUAGUAUAUAUUAGAACGAAGUCCCCAUGAGAGCCAUUACUGGCCAUGUCCUAUACCUCAAAGCCAGGCGGGCAGGUGUGGAGACAGACUGCACACAUGGAGUACCUUGAAGCCACUGGGAAGACCCAUGUGCUGGAAAAUCUUUACAUCAUGCCUGAGGUCCCACCAUAGCCUUUAGCAUUUCCCAUUCUCUUAAAAAUACCAGCCUUCCCCUUUCCCUGGGAGGAGUAGCACAUUCUGGUCUUCAUCUGUCUGUGGGAACGAGCUUGUCAGCCCCUUUCCUUCUGUGCAGACAAGGACAAGGUAGAAGACACUGGGGGCAAACCUCAUCUUCACCAACGG